UAGGAUGAAAGUUACAGGGCGUCUUUACUCCCACGCUGUUGCAGCCCUCAGAAAUAUUCUGGACACAGAAAUCAGUUCCAUACAUGCAGCGGGAACUUUUAAGAACGAGCGAAUUAUCACUACUCCCAUGGCACCUCAUCACGGAGUAACCACCAGUACAGAAAAGGUGCUAAACUUCUGCUCUAACAACUAUCUUGGACUCUCGUCUCAUCCUGAAGUAAUUGAAGCAGCUAGACGAGCAUUGGAUGAGUUUGGAAACGGACUCAGCUCGGUCAGAUUCAUUUGUGGUACUCAGACAAUCCACAAGGAGUUAGAGGAUGCAAUUUCCAAAUUUCAUGGAACGGAGGACACCAUACUAUACAUCAGCUGUUUUGACGCCAACGCUGGAAUAUUUGAAACACUCCUUACUCCUGAGGAUGCUGUCUUUUCUGAUCAGCUGAAUCACGCCUCCAUUAUUGAUGGUAUCCGCCUCAGUAAAGCUCAGAAACAUCGCUAUCUUAAUCGAGACAUGGCUGACCUGGAGAAGCAGUUGUCCGAGUCGGACGCACGAAUCAAGAUGAUAGUUACUGACGGAGUGUUUAGUAUGGACGGGACUGUAGCCCCUCUACCGGACAUUUGUGACAUUGCAGAUAGACACGGCGCUCUCGUAUUUAUUGAUGAGUGUCAUGCAACCGGCUUCUUAGGUAGAACUGGACGUGGAACCCCUGAACUAACAGGAGCAGGCAGCAGAGUUCACAUUAUCAACAGUACUUUGGGAAAAGCUUUAGGAGGAGCAUGUGGCGGCUACACCACUGGUCCUAAACAGGUUGUAGAGCUACUCAGACAGAGAUCACGACCCUAUCUGUUCAGCAACACGAUGCCUCCAGCUGUUGUGGGCUCUGCUAUAAAGGUGUUCGAGCUGCUGGAGCACAGUUCCGAGCUGCCGGAGCUUGUUGAUAGGAGCACUAAACAUUUCAGGAGCCGGAUGACGGAGGCCGGAUUCACCUUGUCCGGUUCAGAGCACCCGAUCUGCCCUGUUAUGUUGUACGAUGCUGCUCUGGCUUCCUCUUUCGCUGACCAACUUCUCCAGAGGGGAAUAUACGUCAUCGGCUUCAGCUUCCCCGUCGUUCCAAAAGGUCAGGCUCGGAUCAGAGUACAGUUAUCAGCUGCUCACACUAUGGAGGAUAUAGACAGAUGCGUGGACGCUUUUAUUGAGCAAGGUUACAUGACCGUUCAUCUCCUUCUCCUCCUCCUUCUCCCCGCUCUCGUAUACAGCUACCACUGCUACGAUCAGAAAUGCUGGGGUGUGGGAACCAGGAACUCCUCCUACAUUGCCUGUAAUCUAGAGUGGAACCACUGCAAGUCAGAUAACGAUGGGAGACCACUUUGUUUGGAACAUUUUGAUACCGUAGGUAUAAUGUGCGGAGACCAGUGUAAGUGCGAGUAUGAUCCGAGAGGAAGUGCUGGAUGUCACUGCCCUAACAAAUACAUCCUCAUUCUAGCUGUUCUAUUGGUCGGAGUAGCACUGUCAGGGAUUUCUUGGUUCGCAUACUAUAGAUGUCGAGGAAGGAGGAGUGAUAAUUCAAACAACGAGUUAUACGGGAACGAGAUCUAGAUGAGAUAGUAAGGAGCUAUCUUUAUGAAGGAGCUAUCUUUAUGAAGGAGCUAUCUUAUCAAUGACGGAGUAAUUAACUUCUAAGUCAAGGCUAUCGUAAUAGACUCUAAGGUGAUAAUUAAUAUGAUUUGAAACAGACUCACUUUUCAAUUUGUGAAUGUUUUUAUACUAUUGGGUUGUUGUCACCAACAUUUAACUAAUGUCAACGUUGGAAAGGGUGUAUCUAUUAGGUAUGUACCAGGUAUGUACCAGGUAUGUACCAGGUAUGUACCAGGUAUGUACCAGGUAUGUACCAGGUAUGUACCAGGUAUGAUAUGUACCAGGUAUGUACCAGGUAUGUACCAGGUAUGUACCAGGUAUGAUAUGUACCAGGUAUGUACCAGGUAUGUACCAGGUAUGAUAUGUACCAGGUAUGUACCAGGUAUGUACCAGGUAUGUACCAGGUAUGUACCAGGUAUGAUAUGUACCAGGUAUGUACCAGGUAUGUACCAGGUAUGUACCAGGUAUGUACCAGGUAUGAUAUAUACCAGGUAUGUACCAGGUAUGAUAUGUACCAGGCAUGUACCAGGUAUGUACCAGGUAUGUACCAGGUAUGUACCAGGUAUUUACCAGGUAUGUACCAGGUACCAGUAACAACUCUUUUACCGUAUAGUUCUGUUCAGAGUCACCCUCCAAUAUAUUCGGUAAAUAGGGGUUACCUAAAAACAAAAUAAUUAGAGUCAGUUAUUAAGUUAGUAGGAGUAAUUAAAUUAUACCGUUUGUGUUUUGUCCUAACCUAACUUAUUUUAAUUUUAAUUAAUAAAAAUGGUGCAUCCCUUGAAGUCAGGAUUAUGUAAACCCGGCAGACUCUUUGUUACUAACUUAGUAUAUAGGGGAACACAUACAAUACUCCACGAGAGUUACUCAGUGGUUAUUGGGUUUGCUUUCUAAUUUAUUGUCGUUUGUGGCUGUAUUCCAAGCUGAAACCGAGUAUAUUUUUGACUAUUUAUAGUACAGACAGAUCUGUCUGAAAAAAACACAUUUAAUGAAUUCUUGUCUGCACGAACUGGUAAUUUGUUUCCAUAUUUGGGCAUAUUGCCCUGGUUUUUCUGUUUGCUUUAUAAAGGGUUAAAAUUUCAGUUGUUAAAUUUGUAUUCAAUUUUAAUCGCGAAUCGUUUUUAUGAACUAUGUCGAUAAUUCUAAUUUUAUACAAUCCUAAUAAUUUAUUAGUAUAUCACAAUCAGCGUUAUUGCAUAUCGAUUUUUCCACGAAUAUAUUGUAAUUUGCAUGGAUUUUAAUUAUAAAUACAGUGAUAUUUAUCCACAGUUUAUGUUAUAAAUGCUUUACGAUCAAUAUUUCUAAUUUAGAAUUAAACCGUUUGAUUUUGU